AAAAUCGGUAUCACUUUAUUUUUUUAUAUUCUCAUAUCUCAUAAAACAUAUUGCUUCGAUCAACAAAACUUGCGACUUGUCCUUCAUAGCUUGCUCGUGCACCGUAGUCCACUAUCCUCAUUUUGAUAUAACUUUGAAGUUAUCAUGGCUACUGCUGAGCGGGUAAAACAAGAUAUGCCUCCCAAAGGUGGCUACCGGAAGAUUAAUUUUGCUCGAGUGUUUCCUAAACCAUUUGCCAGUAGUAGAGCAUUGGUUGGUACGUAUAUAGUUUGCACUGGGGUUGGUUGGUACUUUUACCUUUUAAAUGAUCGACUUGUUGACAAAUAUCAAGUCGAAUCACGCAGUUCAAUUAUUGCUCUAACACCACUAUUAGAUGCCGAAGCUGACAGAGAAUAUCUAAAACAAUUAAGAAGAAAUCGUGAUGCUGAAGAAAAAUUAAUGGAAAAUGUCAAAGGAUGGAAAACCGGUACUUUAUAUGGUGAGCCUGUAUACAAGACAGUUGGUAAAGAUAAACUCAUUGAACCUGGCUUGAAUGAAUAUUAUGCACAUGCUCCUGACAAAGUUUUGUUUGACCGAGCCUACUGGCAUAAAUAUUUAUAAACAAGUAUCUAUGAAAUUUGUACAACAAUGAAAGUCAUUACAAUACUUGUUAUAUUACAUGUGUUUAGAUUCAAUAAAAAUGUAUAUUUUUUUUUCUGAUAGUAACAUUAUAAAAAAUAGAAAUAAUAAUUUAAAUAUGUUUAUUGAAUAUUUUGUAUUUGUAGUAUAUCAUUAUUUAAAAGAACUAAUUGCUAAAAAUUAAGGUUGCAAUAAAAGAAUGAGUGCAUUGUUAAAAUAAA